UGGUUUUAGCACGGUAAAGGCUGUGUAGUCACGUUAAACCAAGUGUUGGAUUUCAGUGAGAUAAACGAAUAAGGAAAAAAACGCAUAACGCACUAAGACAGAGGAACGACUUUCUUUCAGCGGUCCAAACAGACAAAAAAAAAAAUGUUUCCACCUGACUUUGCCUGGGGAGCGGCAACUUCUGCCUAUCAAAUAGAAGGUGGCUGGCAGGCGGACGGCAAGGGACCGAGUAUCUGGGACACAUUUAGUCAUGAGAAAGGGAGAGUGUUUGGGGACCAGAAUGGAGAUGUGGCCUGUAACAGCUAUGAGCUGUGGGAGAAAGACCUGGAGUGUAUCCAGCAGCUUGGACUGACGCACUAUCGCCUGUCUCUCUCCUGGGCCCGCCUCCUGCCCGAUGGGACCACGCGACACGUCAAUCAGAAAGGUGUGCAAUACUACAACAAAGUGAUAGAUGAUUUGCUAGCCUCAAAUGUAUCACCGAUGGUCACCCUUUACCACUUUGACCUGCCUCAAGCUCUGCAAGACCAGGGAGGCUGGAAAUCACCUGGUAUAGCCAGCCUCUUUGACAGCUACGCUCAGUUUUGUUUCCAAACGUUUGGGGACCGUGUCAAACUUUGGAUCACUAUCAAUGAGCCCCAAGUGUGCGCCAAAGUGGGGCAUGAAGACGGCAUCCAUGCCCCAGGGUUAAAAGAGAAAGGCACUGCCGCCUACCUGGUAGGGCACAACAUGCUGCGGGCCCACGCCGCGGCCUGGCACAGCUACAAUUCUCUCUACAGGCCGGAGCAGAAGGGUGCCGUGUCUCUUGCCCUCAACAGCGACUGGUAUGAGCCAUUAAACCAAGGUUGCACUGAGGACAUUGCUGCUGCUGAACGUGACCUUGCGUUUACGCUGGGAUGGUUUGCCUGGCCUGUGUUUGUUACCGGCGAUUAUCCAGAAAUAAUGAGAUCUGCUAUAAACACUCAGAGUAAGAAGCUGGGAUACAAUGGAGCCUGCAGACUGCCCAGUUUCUCGAAUGAUGACCCUGCCGUUUUGGGAACUGCCGACUUCUUCGCGUUGAACUACUACACGUCUCGCAAAGUCAAACCAGGAGGAGGCUGUGAACAGAUGUUGUGUAUGAAGGCUGACCAAGAUGCAGAGGAAGUUUUGGAUUCAUCCUGGCCCAUUAGCGGAGUGUCCUGGCUGGCUGUAGUGCCGGAUGGCUUGAGGAAACUUCUAAAGUACAUUAAGGACACUUUCAACGACCCAGCAGUCCUCAUUACAGAGAAUGGUUUCUCUCAGGUUGGGCCACUGCAAAUUGAGGACGCCCAGCGCAGUGUGCAUUACAAGGACACCAUCUCAGAAGUGGCAAAAGCUAUACAUGAAGAUGGGGUCAACGUCCGCGGAUAUUUUGCCUGGUCACUGAUGGACAACUUUGAAUGGGCCGAUGGAUUCAGUGUCCGUUUUGGAUUGUUCCAUGUGGACUUUGCUGAUUCGAAGCGGACUCGAACUCUAUACCAGUCUGGACGGGACUAUGCAAAGAUCAUCUCAAAAUACAAAUCUGGCCAGUCUAAAUUAGAAUAGUCUGGGCAGCACUAUGCAACCUUUUUAAUCAUGUCCAGAUCCUGAUACAUGUUUGUUUUCAAGAAUCAGGGGUCAAGAUUCCAUAUUUUAAAGCGCAGCAUUAUCUAAGAAUUAUAGCUUAAAAAUAGCUAGUGAAUGGUCCCGAGACUAUGAUUUCUUGCUUGUCUUUAUGAAAGUCUACAGGAGUAUGAAGACAGGGACAAAACAGGGUUAAGUUAAUUCAGUGGCAUUUAAAUUCAGUGUUCAGUCCUGCCUAAUCACAACUUGCUGCGCCCAAGGAAGGGUUUAUGCAGGGCCAGUGAGCUGUAAGGUGCUGCAGAAAAACCUAAGAACAACGCAACAAUAAUAAUGGCAUUAUCACUGUGAAUGAAAGCAUUAUGUGUACCUGUAUUAUGUGCAAAGGUUGACCUGUUCUGGCAGUCUGUUUACAUAUUUAAGAUCUUAUCUUUACCUUAAAUCUACCAGCAAAAGUCACGUGACUGUAUCCUGCAUUGUUCUCUGGAGGGCUGUGGAUGACUAUAAGGUUGACUGCCGUGCUCUGUAGUUUCACUUUGUGAUGUGAAAGAUCAUUUCCUGUUUACAGACAAAAAAGUACACAACAUCUGUCAGUUUAAAUAGUCUUGGUAUAGUUAAGCAAGUGUGUCAUGCCCACAUAAUGAUAACAGCAGCCGAGGAGCGACAGGUGUCCCCAAGAAACCACAGUUGCAUUCUUUAAAAUUGGAAGCAAUUUUCAACUGCUAUAGCCAGUGUCAGCAAUGUGAUCAUAUAAAUAAAAGCAGAGAUUUAUGAUCUGGGAGAAAAAAAUGUCUCAGAGAUGGUGCUAAGACAAAGAAACAUGAAGAAGCAAAGCCUUUUCAGGGAACACUUUGAUGCUGGUGGCUCACAUUUAUUUGGAAUAAAGAUUCUGAUUGAGCACUUCUUCGACAGGAUUAAAACAAAUACUGUAGUUUAUCUGCUGUAGGGAAAACUAUAAUUAGUAAUCCUUUUCUAACCACCUGCCCUAUCAGUGCAAAGGAUGCGACAUAAGACAAAAUAGCACACAU